AUGGGUGCAAACUUGACGUCACCAUUGCCACAUCACCAUCGCACACAGACGACGUCGGUGUGCAAUCAUCUCUUUUCACCCGGAGAUGGAGGACCCACUUUUGCACCACAAAGAGACUCAAAUACCUCUUCAAGAAAUUCAUCAUCAGCAAAGGAAAGUGUUUUAAUGCAGGGAUGGAAUUGGAGUAAAAGGAAUAUUCAGCCGGUUAUGAGUAGAAGAUCUUUACCUAAAUCUGGAUCAUCUUCAGAAGCGACGUCAUCAAAAUCCAGUGACAGUCUUGUUUCUUUCACUCGAAAUGUCAGUACAUCAACGUCCAGUCAAUACGGGAAACUAUCAAUAUCAUUGGAUCGGAAUCAAAAUUAUAAAACAGUUCCUCGACCAGCCGAUACAACUACAAUCAUUCCCAAUUACUACAGUCUACGAGAAGAAUUUCGAAGAGGACUUCAAAUAAACACUCGACAAGAUUUGGUGAAUAACAACCUGACAGCCAAUGAACUCAGUGUCAUCAGUUCUCCCAAACAUGUGCCAAGACCCCGUUCCCUCCGAGAUGACAGUGUAAAUGAUGACAUUUCUCCAGGAGAUCAACAAGAGAAUGUGAUAUCAGAAAAAAGAGGCACAAAGAAGACUAUAAUCCAGGCGUCUACUUCUGAAUUACUUCGUGGUCUCGGCAUUUUCAUCUCCAAAAAUUGCGAUGUGUCCGACUUCGACCCCGCCCAUUUGGUGACGUGGCUUCGUUCGGUCGAUCGAUCGCUUCUUCUUCAAGGAUGGCAAGAUAUUGCAUUUAUCAAUCCUGCCAAUUUAGUCUUCAUUUUUUUGCUGGUCCGUGACGUGUUGCCAGAUGAACGUCAUUUAAUUCAUACAUUGGAAGAGUUACACGCGUGGAUUCUGAGCUGUUUGUAUGUUUCCUACUCGUAUAUGGGUAAUGAGAUUUCCUAUCCGUUGAAACCGUUUUUGAUUGGAAAUGAUCGUAACACUUUCUGGAAUCGUUGUGUAGCCAUGGUAACCUCUCACAGUCGUAAAAUGCUUCUUCUCAAUUCUUCAUCAACAUUUUUCACAGAAGUAUUCACUGAUCUAAAACAUUGUUCAACCUCUUCUGAAUGA